GAGAUCACACCUAAACAAAGAAAUCUGUGUAAUACGGUAUUCAUCCCCAUACAGUGCGAAAGUGAGCAUAACCAGCAACCUCAAGCUUUAUUCACACACACUUUCCGACCAGUGGCCCGUGCAAGAAGAAGAAAGCACAGCGCAGGAACUCACCGUACCCCAAAACUCAUUUCCAGAUCUCCCAAUUCAAUGACUUCUUCCAAGAGCUUCACUAUAACUACCGCCGUUUUCUGAUUCAUCGAUAAAGUUCAUGUGCGAAAUGUUAUCCAGCAACCCGCACAGAGCCUCUGAACCGGGCAGACUUGCAAGCCUCGAUGCAAGGGUGGGUUCUUUGGCUGGAGACAUCAAGACAUGCAUCGAAUUGCUUCAGACGCAGAUUCAAACCCACCAGACAACCUUUCAGCUGCAUUCUAAUUCAAUCAAUGAGCUGUCGGGAUGCAUUAGCAAUGUGGACGGCAAUGUUGAGAAGAUCCAUCACCAAGUUUCAGACAUACAGGAGCAGUAUGAGGACGUGCAAGAGAAAGUUGACGAGACGAUGGAUGUCUUCGGCACUAUUCUCCAAGAAGCCCAAGACGUGUUUGAACUGCGAACAAGCCAGCUCAAGCAGCAAGUAGAUGCGCAGCGCCGCGAAAUCGACAAGCUGCGCAAGCUGUUUGACGACGGGCCGCCUCAAUUCCCCCAAUUUCGGCGGCUUCCAGUGGAGAUUAGGGGCAUGAUAUGGGGCCAAGCACUGCCUCAAAGGAUUCUGACAAUCGAGGAAACAGUUAAUAAAACUCUAAACAUCGAAACAAUGGCGAUCAUGAAAUGGUCCCAAUAUCGGUUCUCGCCCAGGCUACGGCCUCCUGCCGUAGCUCAAGCAUGCCGGGAAUCUAGAGCUGUUGCGUGCAAAGCAGGUCAACUUGUACCUCUCAGGAACCCUCAAGCUUAUGCUUGCUUGAAUGGCAGCAUCCAUCGUCAUUCCCAUAUGGGUGUGAGGAAGACCCAAUGGAGCUGGUUCGACCCGGACAGGGACAGUUUACGGAUCAAAACCGCAAAGGGUCUAUACUCCACCGAGGUCCUCGAAGAUAUGCUCUCCAUUGUGCAAUCUAUCAUAAUUGAUUCACCGUCCAGGGUCCUUGGGAUGAUAUUUGCCGAUAUUUGUAAUCAGAGGCUGUUUCCCAGACUUACCGAAGUAAAAUUGGCUGAGGAUACAGUCUUGCUUCCACCUCACAGCGACCCUUACACCGAGAGCCAGCUCUUUGGGGUUGAGAGAACCAACCCAUUAGCUAUCGACGUCGACGAUUCGCCCCUCUUGGAAGGUAUUGUUCGAAAACUACAGCACUUAAAGCCCACGUUUAUUCGAAACAUUGACACUGUAUUGCAAGCACGACCGCAUAUACAGACCAGAACGCGGUGGGGAUGGGAUGAGAAAGACCUUGAGAACUUGAUCGAUCCAGAAGUUUCUGAAAACGAUUGGCCGAAAUUCAAUCGCUUUCUGGUGAAAGCAUGGGAUGAGGUGCAGCAAGAUUGGACGGAGGGCGAGAACGUAAAUUCAAAAACAGCCCUGUCUAACGCCCCAACAUUUGGAAGAGUCGUCUUGUUCGAUGUCGCACCAUGGCAAUCGCACCCUCACACCCUUGGGGCACCAAUCAUGUACUGGGUGGACGGUCGCGACCAACCAUCAAAUGUGGCUGAGCUAUAAGCAAGGUACUUGGCCGCAAGCACCACUGUCAAGUUCCUAAAAGACCGUGACCCAAGCCGGCCUUCGAGACUGCCCACUUUCUUGACGGAAUUCGAUCUAACUCGGCUUUUCUGAGGUUGAACAAAUGAUAUACGAAGAUGUUGAAGAGAAACGAUGAAAUGGAGGCUCCAGGGACAAGUCAGAUUUGUUUUAUAUCCAAAGGGCGCACAAUAAGCAUGUACUUGAUUUUGACAUAUGUCGUUGAUGAACCAUUUGUGUCAUCGUAGUGGUACUAUUUAUUGGUCUGUUAUGAAGUAGUUGGUAACAUCGUUUUGCCAUGUACUACUAUUCUUCUUCUUAAUUAUCAUUUUUAAUUACAAUUAGCUUAGGCGA